AUGCUCAUUGACUUGCUGCCGAGUGAACCAGCCGUCCAACGGGUUACCUUUGAUUUUGAGAAGGCCUUGUGGCUUGCGUUUAGAUCAAUCCUGCCUGCAGUAAAGAUACAAGGCUGUGUCUUUCACUGGACACAAGCAGUGUGGAGAAAGGUUAGUAAAAGAAACCAAAUGAAAUAGAUUACAAAUGCAAGGGGACUAACGACAAGUAGGCUUAUUACACAAUUUAAUAUGACUUACCAAACUGACGCGUAUUAUUACAUGAAUCUACUCGCUUGUUACGUGUGGGCUGUCCGAGUAACAAUUUAAAAUGACUCACCAAAACUGACGCGUAUUAUUACAUGAAUCUACUUGCUUGUUACGUGUGGGCUGUCCCAGCAACAAAUAAAAAAAGAUUACAUAAUUUAAAAUGACUCACCAAACUGACGCGUAUUAGUAGAUGAAUCUACUCGCUUGUGACUAUGCCUAACUUAAUAAGCAAUGUUAAUUUUUUCUUUUUCAAAGGUACAAGAGCUAGGACUUCAAUCAGCUUACUGCAGAGACGACAGUGUAUUCAGAUACAUCAAGAAGCUGAUGGCCCUUCCCUUCUUGCCAUUUCAAGAGAUCGCACCAAGGUUCGUUCGACUGAGUGUACAGACCCAAGCACAGCCCCUCCUGGAUCUCGUCGACUACAUGAAACGCCAGUGGAUAGAGAACCCCGUCUUCACACCAAAGGACUGGAGCAUCUACAAACAACCAAUUUGUACCAACAACGACAUAGAAGGCUUGCAUAACGCCCUAAAUCGCAGAGCUGGUGGGCAAUGCAACCUGCCUUUAUAUUAUCUCAUUGAGCUUCUGGACAGGGAGGCGAAACUCACAGCUCUCACCAUUAGGCUGGUCUCCGAGAGGAAAUUGAAGCGCAUGCAGUGUAAAACUCACAGACAUCUACAAGCCAAGUUGUUUGAAUUCUGGGAGCAGUAUGACAACCGGCAGAAGACUGCCUUGCAGCUCCUCAAGGUCUGCUCACAUCUAAACGGCCCAGCACGUUAAAAGUAGUUGCAUAGAAGUAUUCGAAAUUGUCUCAUAGGGGCGGGUAUCACUCUGAUCGCCAACACGUCUCCGCAUGUAAUAAGGUAUAUUUUAAUUUAAGUGUAUCGGUUAAGUUGAUAGUAGUUGAUGUGCACAGAAAAAUUUGAAAUAAGGUAUAUUUUAAUUUAAGUGUAUUGGUUAUGUUGGUAGUAGUUGACGUGCACAGAAAAAUUUGAAAAAUGUUUAUUAGUGGUUUAGUCAAAAGUAGUGAAUGUUAGGGUAGCCAUAUUACUAUCAUUAACAUGAAUCGGUUUCGUUAAAAGUAGCUAGAUAUAAGUAUUUGAAAUUGUCUUUAUAGGGGCUGGUUAAGUUGAUAGUAGUUAACGCAUGUCGCGUGUCCUUUUUUGUAAUACAUUAUAUUUCAAUUUCAAUGAAUCAGUUUUGUUAAUGGUAGUUCAAUGAUUUCGAAUUGUCUUUAUAGGGGCGGGUGUCACUCUGAUCGCCCACACGUCCCCGCAUGUAAUAAGGUAUAUUUUAAGAAUCGGUUAAGUUAAUGGUAGUUGACAGCACUUGUCGUUUUUUGCUCAGAAUUUGAAAUUGUCUUUAUUUGGGCAGGCGUCACUCGGACAGCACACACGUACCAUGUAAUUCGUGUUAAUUGUAAGCAAUAAAUAUGUUUGUGUAUUACAACAACUUCAUUGGAAAAUUGCUGUAGCCAAACCAGAGUCACUACCGGAACCGGAAAUGGGAAGUGAAGGACAUUGAGACGUUCAAUGUACGUCACUUAGCAACCAUGUUAAUACUUCAUCCCAAGAUGGAGGCGUUUUUAUCUGGUCUCUCGGAAGUUGUGGACCUUCCUUCAAAGAGAAAAGCUUCCUGAUAGAACACAACAACAGUAAGACCUGUUUCAUAUCGGUAGAUUGAUUUGCGGAUUACAGCUAUUGUACAUGCAACACGCAAACGCUGUGAUAGAGCGAAAUCAACUACAAGACUAGCCUUGAGAGUUAGUUUGUAUGCUCAAAUGUUGACAUCCGAAAUCUGAACUGAACUGGCUUCUACACAUAUGAAUGUUUAUAAUGUUUGCAAAUUGACUUCUUCACAUUUGCGAACUGACUUCUACACAUUUGGGAACUGACCGGAGACAUUUGCAAAAUGACCGACAUUCUCGCUGACACUUCCCGAGAUUAUCAUUUUCUGUUUUUUACAAUGUUACAUGUAUCCGGAUCUUUCUUCAUGGUUAAGUUCGAAUAUUUGGAAACGAAGGUCAUACUUUGUCACACUCUGGUGACUGACCAGAUUGUCACAUCUAUGACAACGUGUAUAUGCAAAGCUGAGAAGUAAUUUUUUUGUUUUUCGGUUCUAAAAAAAGAGUUUGUGAUAGAAAUAAUGCGCUUUUGCUGUCCCAGCUAUAUUAAUCAAAAAUGCCGCCUGUAUCUGUGUUGGUUUUUCUUUCUUUCUUCAUUCGCGGUGGAAAUAACAGAAUGCGAUUGAUGAGGGUGGCAAAAGGGGGGUUUCUAUCACACAUGAUGCUGACUUUUUUAAAACCAUCAACCAUCAGCCAAACUGGGCGAAAAUAUUGCACAAAGUGUUCAUGGCAAUAUCUCAACCCAUUGAGUAAUCGACCCCGGCUAUAAAAUGGUUUUCAUUAUCCUUUUUGGUUAGGAUCGUGCUUAAACAGUUAAUUGAAUGAAUUUGAUUGCACAAAGGGUUAUAAAUCCAUUGCUGUUCGAAUAUUAACACGGUCUAACUGUUACUUUAUACUGAUCUGAGAUCAGAGUGCAUAUAGGUUAUAGUACUACUUUGACAGGAGUUCAGGCGAUCUUGAAAGUCAAAGGAUAAAUAAAGGUCAAAUGAUCAAGGUCGGAAUACANUCGAAAAUGCCGCCUGUAUCUGUGUUGGUUUUUCUUUCUUUCUUCAUUCGCGGUGGAAAUAACAGAAUGCGAUUGAUGAGGGUGGCAAAAGGGGGGUUUCUAUCACACAUGAUGCUGACUUUGUUAAAACCAUCAACCAUCAGCCAAACUGGGCGGAAAUAUUGCACAAAGUGUUCAUGGCAAUAUCUCAACCCAUUGAGUAAUCGACCCCGGCUAUAAAAUGGUUUUCAUUAUCCUUUUUGGUUAGGAUCGUGCUUAAACAGUUAAUUGAAUGAAUUUGAUUGCACAAAGGGUUAUAAAUCCAUUGCUGUUCGAAUAUUAACACGGUCUAACUGUUACUUUAUACUGAUCUGAGAUCAGAGUGCAUAUAGGUUAUAGUACUACUUUGACAGGAGUUCAGGCGAUCUUGAAAGUCAAAGGAUAAAUAAAGGUCAAAUGAUCAAGGUCGGAAUACAGUUUUCCUUGGUUGUCUUUUUUCUUCUUAUGCGACAAAAAAAAUUUACUUCCCCUUUGGCUGAAACAUACACCGUGUGGUGCAAAUCUCAUUUUCACCGUUUCCUUGCUAAAUGGCGGAAAACCAGUAAAUAUGUGAUAGGGCAGAAAAUGCGGUUUAAUCGAUACAAAAACCUAUUAACAUAUAGGACCAUACAGGUAGGGUUUUUGUGCCGUUUUGGUCUGAAAACGGGUAUAGACUUUGCUCAUUUUGGUCUGGAAUCAGUCAUGGCUUUGAAGGGAACUAAGGGAGUGUACCAAUGUAUUUAGUGUUUCAAUUCCAAAUGUUACGGACACUAGCCUCAAAAUUUGAUUUCUCCUUUUGCCACGCCUGUGUCGUUUUCACACCUUCUGCUAUAAACUUUGCCUCAAUGUGUAUUAGAGUCGGUUUUCUUUUUUUCGAUUAGGUCAAGAUGAGUUCAAAUGAUAAUAUUACUGAGAUACUAAGUAGGUUUUCUAGAUCUGCUUCGCAGCUUGCUGAUCUAAUAGGUCGUUCAUUAUCUGACAAUGGUGUAUCUAAUGCAUUAGAAAAUGCAAGGAGAUCUCUAAAUUCUCUUUGGUCGGACACGAGGCUGGCCAACGACGUCUGCCGUUCGUUUUGCUCGAAUCCUGGUACUUUGAGUGGCUCCUCAACUAGUCGAGCAACCCUACCAUCUGUUACCAGGCUGCAUAGGUCCUCUUCUUCUCACCGCUUCGCUCCUUACAGACAAAGUGGUGAAAGAGGAGCAGGACAUGAACCAAAACGGUUCGACAUGAAGCUCUUAGUCGUCAAUCACGUCCUGGAACUGUUCGAAGGAACCAAGAGCAUCUCCAACUACCAAGGACAGGCCAUACUAGCCACGGCGUUUUUUUUUAAACCAAGGAUCAGACCGAAGAUUUAGUAAGGGAAAAGAUAAUGGGUGUCAUCCAUCGGCAGUUUUAAGAUUUUGAUGGGUCGUUUUCUUACACAGCGCAGAGAAAUAGAAACUUUCUCACUUUAGCAGCCGACCAAAAUCUUGA